AUUUUUGCUAUCUUCUUGAGAAUCAUGCAAAACCAGAGUUUUGUCACUCUGUUCAUAAUCUUGGGCCUUUCUCAGAACCCAAAAGUUGAGAAAAUACUCUUUGUUAUUUUUCUGUUGGUUUACCUUGCAACUGUAGGGGGCAACAUGAUAAUUGUGGUCACCAUCCUCUACAGCCCUGCACUGCUGGGUUCCCCCAUGUACUUCUUUUUGGCAUUUCUGUCCUUCCUGGAUGCAUGUGUUUCUUCUACUGUCACACCCAAGAUGCUUAUAGACUUCUUAAGUGAGAAGAAGAUCAUCUCUUUUGAAUGUUGCAUGACACAAUUGUUUUCAGUUCAUUUCUUCUCAGGGUCAGAAAGGGUUGUCCUAGCAGCCAUGGCCUAUGACCGCUAUGUGGCCAUUUGCAAGCCCUUGCACUACUCUUCCAUCCUUACCCGGAGGCUCUGUAGUAUUUUGGUGGCAAUAUGCUGGGCAGGGGGCUUCUUGCAUUCUAUCGUGCAAAUUAUCUUCACAUUGCAGCUGCCUUUAUGUGGACCCAAUGUCAUUGAUCAUUACAUGUGUGACUUGUUCCCAUUGCUGAAGCUUGCCUGCACUGACACUCAUAUAUUUGUCCUUUUGGUGUUUGCCAGUAGUGGUGCUAUCUGCAUCAUCAUCUUCUCCUUAUUGCUUGUCUCUUAUGUUGUCAUCUUGUUCUCUCUGAGAGCCCACAGCUCUGAAGUUCGCCGGAAAGCUCUUUCUACUUGUGGAGCACAUGUUACUGUUGUGGUUUUGUUCCUUGUUCCAUGCAUAUUAAUAUAUGCACGGGAUACAUCUGCAUUCUCCUUUGAGAAGAACACGCUUAUAUUUGUCAACAUCCUGACACCAUUGCUCAAUCCUAUGGUUUACACAUUCAGGAAUAAGGAAAUGAUAAAUGCCAUCAGAAAAAUGUGGAAGAGAUUGAAAGUGAUUGUUGUUAGGUUUUAA